ACUGAUCUGAUUUUAAAAUCAGAUCAGUGGGCAGUGGGGUGUGUAACGUUUUUGAUGGCUGUUGGUGGUGAUACCUCUUCUCUCGGUAUCACUGACUUGCAAGACAUCUUGACUCAGCUAGAACAGGGACAGUUUUCUACCAGCAAAUGGAAACAAUUUGGAUUCCAAGCUGGUCUCUACAAGAAUACACUUGAUAAAAUAGAAGUUAACAAAGCAAAUAGUGUUGAGGAUCGUUUCAUAGAGUGUCUUUCUUGCUGGCUGAGAAAACAGGAUAAUGUGAAUAGUGAGGGAGAGCCGUCAUGGAACAGAUUAGCUGAGAUAUUAGAAAGAAUUGGAGAGCAAGCCUUGGCAGAUAAAAUUAGAGGCAGAGAAGAAGGACAGGAUACUGGUCAAAGCAUCUGUCUUCCUCGUCAAUUAAAAAAUGAGUAUAUUCAAAUGACCACUGAAUUUGAAGAAAUUUUGGAAAAAUUUGUUAAUCGGGUUUGUGAAAAAAGGGAGACACUGGAUAAGCUAAAAACCAAAAUGAUUUAUCACUGGCGUUUAAAUAGAGAUGAAAUCGAUAACUUACAAAUAGGUGAUUAUUUUGGACUAAUGUACAUUAUUCGAGAUCACUGCUCUCCAUGGAAUUUCAACAUACUAACCAUUUUAACACAACAACUUGGAUUGGCUGAUAUUACAAAGCAGCUAAAUCUGUUUGAAGAGAAACAGGAAGAAAUAUACAAGAAGAUUUUAGCAAAGGGAUUUGCAACAAUUGCUAUUGAAAAUUGUAACAAAAAGAAUAGUAAAAUGAUGAUAUUUGAAGUAUUGUGGCCUAUUGAUAAAACAACACUUCAGGAUUUUAAGGAAUUUCUCAUAGAUGUCUUCAGCAGUCAAGGAUAUCAUAUGCACAUUCACUUGAAGACUGUGCAUAGUAGUCGACUGACAUUUGUUUGCUUCAUACCAGAUUGGCUAGUGGAUGAGAUGAAGGAUUAUGUUAUGGAGAAUGAAGAUCUUUUUAUAUCUAAGGAUGUAGUUGAAAUUACUGUUGAUGGCACUAUUGUAUUUAGUACUAAACAUUCAUUAGAAAUCGAGGAAGGCACCCGAAUUGAGGAACAGAAUAUGUCUACUCAUCUUAAUAAAGAGAAGAGAGAAGGAGAAUGUCAAUAUGAAGAAGUAGAGUGUCGAAAUGAGGAAUGUCAAGAGAGAAAGCAACGUAGAUAUCUUGAGGAUCAUGAAGAUAGAGAAUGCGAUCAACGUCCAUUUCAAUGCCAAUACUGUGGGGAAGAAGAUAUGAAAGCAAUGGUGACAGGGGCUGUUCUAAAUUUUCUGUUGUGUCUAAUUAUUUUCAGGACUGUCGUAACUAUACAUUCUGAGUUCGAUAAAACUGUCUGCGAACCACAAGAGAUAGUUUUCAAGUUCUUUCCGUGCCAUGGAGAAAUAAAAUCUUCAGAUGUAGCUUUUGUUGUUAUUUGGAUAUUGGUGACAUUCAUUAGUGUGUCGCUUGUUCGGGAUAUCAUUAGACAAGGAUUGAGCCGAUCAGCUUUUAAAGGCUUUCACAAGAUUCUUUCUCUACUCAGUAUAAUAUCAUAUGAGAUUUGGAUGUUUGACUACAUUUACAACACUUACGUUACAAAUUUUGAUUGGAGUUUUACAAUUAUGAUAUUCCUACCAUUGGUGACUCUUUUGGUUCACUCGGUUUUACAGAUAUUCCUGUCUUAUGAUGAAUAUGUGCUACCAAAAAAUCAAAGAAGGACCAGGGAUCUUGUCUAUUUCAUUGUCACAAGCCUUGGCUUCAAUGGCAUUAUGAUAGUCCAUAUUUUAUGCAUGUUUGUCAUUGCUUUAUCCACUGGAAUAUCAAAAGAAAAUAAUCUUGUAUGCAUCAUUAUUGCUGCAUUUCUUGGGCUUGGCGAAAUGAUGAAUCGUGCGUAUGUGAUGAAGAACCACUUUGAGCAACUAAUAAAUCAAUACAUACCAUACAAGAUGUACAUGAAAACAGCUUUGGAACAUCAUAUGCAAGAAAUGAGAAACAACGUUCAUACUCCGGCAAAAUUGGAAUCAAGAUAUGUUAAUCUUGAUGUAAAAUUAGUGACUCAAAAAAGAGAAAAAGAAACUUCAUACUUAACCGUGCCGAUUGUUGCUACUUUUGCUGUCGCUACUUUUAGUGCUUUUGUUGCAGGAAACAUUUGACUAUUGAAUCUUACAUGCACACACUUUUUUAAAAUAGAAACUUUUUGUUUUUUACACAAUUUACUGUUUAUACUGGAAAAGUGAA